AUGAAGCCCGAUGUCCCUCCCUCCUACGAGAGUGCAGUGAGUCGCGAGGCUUGGACUAUAAUCGCACCUUGGAUCCCUUCCAGCGACCUCUGCUCGGCAUGUCUGGUGUCGCAGAAAUGGUAUUCGAUCUUCAUCCCUUUCCUCUGGGGCGACCCAGCCUCUCAUUUCGGAAUCGCCAAUGACGCCGUCUACGUCGGACUCACUCGCUUCAAAAGGAUUCUUCGUAAGGCGAGGCUGAGCGUGAGAAGCCUCACUCACACGUUACAUCUCCCGCCUGCCUUGAGUGAGAUCUAUGGGGGUCCAAACCCCUCCUGGUUGCGCGAUGUCCUCGAAUACCUCCCCAAUCUCCAGAGCCUUAUUGUCACCAAAUUACCCUUCUUCGAUCAUCACAGCCUUAAUGCCCUGAGGGCCACACGCAAUGAAAGGAGAUUGUCGUCUGGUGAAGAAGAUAUACUGCCGACUUUCGGCUUGAAACUACUGUUGGCAUGCAGCGAGCCGAAUACCACGUCGUCGGCGUUGGCAAAUGCAUUGCCAAGGUUCCCCUGUCUCGUCUAUCUCGAUUUGUCAUAUACCACACCGGCUCGAGAUGCGGCGGUCCUCGCGGCUCUGUCGUAUCUACGCGAUUUGCAGGUUCUCAAAUUACGGGGUGUUGGUCUUCGAGAUGGGGAGGCAGAGGUGUUGGCUAACGCCAUUGGGAUUCGUGUCCGUCUGUUAGACCUCAGGGACAAUCUACUGACCGACAUGGCUGUCAGGUCCUUGAUGCAAGCAUCUUUCCUCCCACCUGGUGCCCCUCAGUUCAACUCCCUCCAUGUGGAAGACUGGCCUGUCGGCAUGGCCCCGGGACCAGACUUCUUCAGUCUUGACACCCUUCGAAGUGAAGAACUGGAUCAUGAGCUGCUUAAACAACUAACCAAUCCGCUAACUGGGAGGUUAGCAUUUGAGGACAUUCCACAUCGAGGACUCACCCAUCUCUACAUCUCAGGAAAUCGUCUGUCCGUUGAAGGCCUAUCUAGCCUCCUCAAGUCCGAGAGGUUACACAUCUUUGAUGGUGGGUCCGUCGACACCAUCAAGAUCAUCACGAGAACUCACUCUGUGUCAUCGCCGACCGGUUAUAUUGAUGAAGUUCGCUUCCCUGGUGCCGAAAAGCUCAUCCCGGUCCUGGCGCAGUCUGCUAGAAAAACCCUGACAUAUCUGCGGAUUGACCAUGCACUGGUUACGUCCAGGACGGAGGUCACCCCAAAUUUGCCAAAACAUAACCCAAAGUCAAUCGAAAUUGCAGGUUCUCAACCACUUGCGGCUGAAUUAUCUACAGAUUGGAAAGUGGUGGAAGCGCCGACUUCUGCCCACUAUUCUGUAGAGACGCCCGGGUCCAACGGACCCAUAUUCGAACUUGAUGCUACUCCCGCACCACCGAGAGUUGAACUGAUUGGUGAUGUGAUGUAUUUUGCUGUCAGCCCUCCGAUCGGGGACAAGCCGCAGACUUCCACCCCGGUGAUCGAGGUACAGAGCCCGAUUAGAGGAGAUGGACCCUAUGCACCAGAGGUGGUCAACGGCAAUGAUGGGAUGACUCGUCGCGGACAUGAAGACCGCGGUAUCAUGUCGGAGACAGAGGUCUCUGAUGAGACAGGAACGCACAGUACACCGAAGUCUCUGUUCUCUCCGGUCUCUCCUGUGACAGCGCAUGGGACGGUGGCAUUCCAACCACUGGUGGCCCCGUCUCCAUCAACUCUUGUGUCUCCUCCCCCAAAGGCGGGACCUCCUCCUAGCUCCGACCUGCCCGCACUGUCUCCCUCUGUUCCAUCGGAUUCAUCUUCCGCAAUGCCGCCACCGCCACCGCCACCGCCUGCCGCAUCGCACCACCGCCAGGCGCGGAUAGAAGCUCUCCUCGCCAAAAGACCCCCGGGGUUAUCAUCAAAGAAUAUAGAGCAUGGUACACCACUUUCCAAAGCAACAGUCUCCAGCUUGACCACUUUACAUCCCUGUCUCCUCCCCAACUUGCGGACGUUGGUACUGACUAAUGUGCCAACCACUGUGCCGAAGUCUUCAGGGGUAGUUGAUGCGCUCAAGGCGUUCAUCUCUGCUUGCGCUGAUGAGUCUGCAAUAUCUCGUCUAAUGGCCAGAACAGACUAUUCUCUACCACCAGGAAAAGCUCGACAUAUCGCCGAGAUUGAAGCUGCACGGUCGCUGUUUGCUCUCCGUACCAUUGUAUUAGAGAUGGAACAGCCCGGUGUAGACAAAACCAAUGCUCAACGUGCCUGGCAGCAUUCCCGUCAGCACGUCAGCAUGAGUAAAUCUUCGACCGGAGACCGUGAUAGUGAAAAUCUUUGGUCUGCGGCCGAGAAUGACUUUAGCUUCUUCGGCGAAGAAGGCGAAGAGCCGGCGGAGUGUGGCAUUUACCAGCAUGACCCGGAGAAAUACUUCCCAACGGCACACUUGGACGAUAAGAUUCUCUUGACCCCCGAGGACAGUCAUGUGGACAGUGGCUCCAACAGUCCACAUAGCAGUGUCUUCGGAACCCAAGCCCACAGUACGCUGUCGCCGUCUUCUGUGGACUAUUCUGGCUCAGUGGGUGUCUUUCCAAGUCCGCGCAAUUUGCCUCUGGGUCGGAAUCGACGAAGCUCAAACGAGGCACAACGCGGUGGCGGGAACCAGAGGCCAGCCCUCGCCGAGAUCCAGGCCGGCCCAGUGUCGCCGCAAUACAUGAGUGGCAGUAGAAGACUACCUUCUCUGUGCCAGUCCCAGUCCCAGAGGGUGUCGCAGAGACAACGACCACCAACCUCGGAUCCAACUCAAGUGGAUAACGACGAAGAGGAACCCAAGAUCGAUGUCGUGAGCGACCUGGCGAGUUGGAGAAAAGAACGCAAGAGAGUCUACGACGACGAACUGGCGCGGUAUAAGACGAGCCGGCCCGCAACGAACAAUCUGCUCCUCAACAGCAGACAGACUAACGGACUUUCCGCCGCUGAGCAGACUUCGUCCGAACAACCAAGAGGUUACGGCUAUGGAUUCGACCAUGGCGCAAGACCCGGCUCGGUAGGAUAUACUGCGGAUGCACGCCCUUCGACCCCGGCCCUCGGUCCUGCGUGUGAAGUAAGCGAUCUCGACAUGAAGUUCAUCGAGGGCCAUUGGAAAGGCGAGAUCAAGGUCAUCCGGAACCCGACGCCGAAGGGACGCACGGGUGUUGUUGACAUGUAUGGGAAUUACUUUGAGAAGGGAUAUUUAUACCCUUGA